AUGAGCUCACUAAGAGCUACAAGAACGAUUGGACAUGUCUCCUUGCCUCGAGCGCCUGUAUCACCGAUUCCGAUUACGAUCUCGAGUCGAAUUUGCAGUCAAAUCAGAUUUAGGACUAAAGCGAGAAACUAUGCCACCACUUCCACUUCCACUUCCGCUUCCACCUCGAGGACAUCACUGAAUGUCCCUUCUACAGCUGGAGGACCCCAAGCACCACUGGAAUACUGUUCUUCCCUUGUACAGAGAUUAGAUCCGGAAGCUUGGCUUUGUAGUUAUUUCUGGCCGAAAAGGGAGAGGAGUUGGUAUCUUGCCUGGAGGGCUUUCAAUCUCGAACUUCACUUAAUCACAACAACAGUAACUCAACCUGCAUUAGCAGCUAUUCGAUUCCAAUUCUGGCGAGAUGCCUUAAAGAUCAUCUUUUCACCCAAUCCUGAAGUAGCGAAUCAAGUCCCUCAACAUCCAGUAUGCGUUCUAUUGGCAGAUAUGAAAAAGUCUAGACCUGUUCAAAAGUAUUAUCUAAGUCAAAUGAUAGAGACCCGAGCUAAAAUACUCUCAUUACCACCUUCUUCGUCCACCUUAUCAUCUCACUUAACCACUCAUUCACCAAUAUCAACUUCACUAUUAUUAGGUCCACUACCAUUACUUUUACCUCCAACACAUUCUUCUACUUCUCAUAUAUCACAUACUUUAUCUCAUUUAUCAACACUUUUAACCACAGUAUCUAUGCUUCGUAAUUUACCUAUAAUGGUUUCGACAAAAAGACAAUUAAAUAUCCCAAGUGACAUCUUACAGAAACAUAAUGUCAUAGAAGAGCAAGUACUGCGUAACGGAUCAGAAGCGAAUGGAGUCAGAGAUGCUGUAUUGGAGAUUGGCACGAGAGGAAUGGAUGAACUUAUCACUGCUAGAAGAGAACUGAAAGAGACCAACGGGAAAGUAGUUCCAUCAAAUGUAAUGCCAGUCUUCCUAAGUGCUGUUCCAGCAGAAAAUUAUCUAAAACGACUGGAGAAAUUAGAUUUCGAUGUAUUCCAUCCUGACCUACAGAAACAUGAUUGGAAACUAGCACCUAGUAUCUGGUGGAGAUUUCAAAGUGGGAAGUUGUAA